AUGGCUGCCAGGUUUGAAACAACUUCUCUUCUUGCUCCAUCAGCAACAGCUCAAAAUAACUCCCCAAUCCAGAACUCUACUAUACUAGUCCAUUCAGUGGCCCUCUCCAGACCAGAUGAUGCCAGUAACACAACUUGCUGUGGUCACAACUAUCGCAUUCAGUGCAUAAGAUCCAAAGGAGCUAUGGCUGUACUUUUAUGGGGCCUGCUUCUCCAUAUGGCAAUACCAUUUGACACUUCUGUUCAUCUCCUAAGACUCUCAUUAAAUUCACAAAAUUCAUCAGCAGUACAGGCAUGGCUGCCUGGUGAAGCCCUGUACAGGAUGCUCUUCAUUCUCUAUCCCUUUAUGGGAUGGUUGGCUGAUGCUAAAAUUGGUCGCUACAAGGCCAUAGUGGGUAGCAUAGUAAGUAUAUUCAUUGCUUCAGUGUUGAUGAUCGUCGGCUAUCUCAUUCACAUUUUUGCUGGCGAUUCCCACGCCUUCGUCAGGGCCAUAGUGACAAUCCUCCUUGGUGUUGGUGUCUUAUUCAAUGUUGGUGGCUUCGCAAGUUUCGAUGCUAAUGUCAUCCCGUUUUUAACGGACCAGGUACUAGGUGCUUCGGGAGAGUCACUGAGCGCACUCGUACACUGGUACUUCUGGGUUAGUGCUUUGGCUGAAAUCGUGAAUAUUAGUUUGCACAGUAUCUCAAUUGACAAUCAACAUGUUACACUUGGUACACUAGUGGUCCAUUGCAUCUGUACAUCAAUUGUCCUCAUAGCUUGUAUUGGAUUGAGAAAAUGGCUUGAUACCACACCACUGAUAACUAACCCAAUCAAACUGAUUAUCAAAGUCCUUCGUUAUGCAUGCAAAAACAAAUACGCUCGAAAUCGGAGUGCCCUGACUUACUGGGAGGAAGUUACCCCGUCUCGUAUUGAUCUGGGAAAAGAGAAAUAUGGUGGGCCAUUUUCAGAGGAAGAAGUAGAAGAUGUGAAAACUAGUCUUCGGUUACUGCCUCUCGUAUUUCUGUCUGGUACCUAUGGGUUGAUGCUUGCUCCUAUAACUUUCAUAAAGGAGCUUCAACAACCAAACAUUGAUAACAAAGUAGGAAGCAUAGCAUUUGACCUGGUUGAAAACAAUGGCAUUCAAAAUGCAUUCUUUUUAUUAAUUUUCAUUGCAGUCUUCCACUUUCUCGUCUAUCCUAUUUUAUAUAAUUAUAUACCCAGCGUAUUGAAAUGGAUUGGACUUGGCCUGUUCCUCUCAACCCUUUACUUGCUCUACACCACAAUACUAGACCCAAUAGCUACUGCUAAGACCAAUAACACUGAGCUGUGCUUGCUACAAAACAUUACAUCAGAGGGGAGCCGCCUACAAUUGGAGUACUACUGGGCACUACCUGCUGUUACAAUAAAUGGUCUUGCCCAGACAUUUAUUGUUCCUUUCGCUUUUGAAUUUAUAAUAGCUCAAACCCCUGGUCCAAUGAAAGGUCUAAUGGUGGGACUUUGGUUUGCGUCCUACGGUAUUAUACAAACCAUAAGCCUUUACAUAUACAUACCAUUUAAAUACAUUCCAUUGAUUUCAGUCUUUUCCUGUACCUUCUAUUACUAUGCGACUAAAACUCUCAUUAGUUUUCUAACAUUUGCUCUGUUCUUGGGGCUGGCUUACAAGUACAAGCUUCGUACCCGUAACGUUCCGAUCAACUUUAACAUUUUAGCCGAGAAUCACUACAACAAGUACUUGAGUAUCAAUUCUGUGUCGGGUGAUGGGGUCUCAUAUGACUCCUCCAUGAUUCGUGAUGCCGACCGCAGUGACACUAGUUCGUCAUGCUCUAGUUGUGAUUAA